UAAUUAUCUUAACUUGUCAUACCAUAUAUACAAAGCUAGACAAGAGUUUAUUUGAUGUACAUUCUUUCGUAUCAUUCAAUUUUUAGAACCUAUAAGCAGUGCCAAAAGGUUUCUAGAAGAACUUCAUCUUGGUAUAAAAUAAGACGAUCCGCCAACCACGAACUCCCACUUUCAGAUCAAUGGAACUAAGCUUGAAGAAGGUUUAUUAUUUUGUACACUCCGUAUCAAACAUUUUAUACAAGCUAGAAGCAUUGCCAGAAGAUUCUAGAAGAGCUUCAUCAUCGAGUAUUUUAAGACGAUCAGCCAGCCACGAACUUCCACCUCUUAAAGCACUGCAAUCCGUAGCUAAGAGAUGAAACAUAAGAGAUGUAGUUCUAGAGAAAAGCCAAAAACUGGAUCAAGAAAGAGACUUGUGGAAAAAUAUCAAAUUUUUUGAAAAGAACUUAUUGGGGUCUUUGUUUCUUGUGUUCUUAAAUCAAAAACACAUUAUGUCGCUUAUCUCCCAGGCAUCGUUUUGCUUAUUUCAGCUUUUUUUACAGGUAAGUAAAGAGAAAAAGAUACCGAGCAUAUGACAUGCUUGUUCAGAUUGGUCAUGCAU